UAUAGUGUAACUUACUGAGCACUCCUACACUCCAUGAUGUGCUUCUUACUCUGCACAGCUCCAGCACUUCUGAUGCACCACCAGCAGGUGGCAGUGUGUCUGCUGCAUACUUCAGACCAAUGUGCUUUGUGGAAGAGAGAGAGAGUGAGUGCAGACAGAAGGACGAGAGUGCAAAGAGAAAAAGCUAGUGUGCGUGAAGGGGAGGAGGGAGAGAGAGAGAGAAAGAGAGCGAGAGAGUAUGCUUGUGAGCAGGAGAAGCUAUGAGAUCAAGCCAUAUGCUGUGAAAGGCAAAUUGAGAGGCACCUAUGUUUGGGUCCUGUUUGUGCCUCAUCUGAGUCUGACACUUCCUGGAUCAUUACAAUCCCAUAGGAAGGAAGCCAAGGAGCAGGCAGGGACCGGGAGCUGUGAGCGCUGGGGGAAAGACAGGCUUGGGCAGAUGUGCCCAGAGGGGGAAGUGAGCAAGGAGAGCAGGAAAAGGGUUGCCCUGCCUGGCUGCUGCUUCCACACAGCUCAUGAUGUAAGUUUGGUUUGAAUGCUGCAGUGAGGCUCCGCUUCCUGUAUGGAGUAGCGGGGACAGGGGGCUGGGAAUGCAGGGGCUGUACCAUAACACCUCUCCCCCCAGCUGCAGGCUGUACGCUAACAGGCGCAAAAAGAGCCUUUGAUUUCCUUUUUUUGUGUUUUUUUUUUUCCCGAGGAAGGAGAGAAAAUAGCAUGGCUCGCUGCUAGUGGUUUUUAUGGCUAUGUGCUCCCAAGUAUGAGGACUUUGUAACUUCAGAAACUGCCUUGGGACUGAGCAGUGCACCUACGGGACCGGGCGGCAUCGAGGCGCCUAGAACCUGCCAUGGAGCAGCAGCAACAGCAGGAUGCGGGGGCUUGUUUCAGCCAGGUGCCCCUGCCAGCCACUGAGGAGCUCAUCUCCUCCACCACCUCCUCCUCCUCCUCCACCUCAGACCUGCCGUCCUCCCUCCCCGUGGAGGGAGAACUGCCGGUCGUGGCCCAUCACCACACCACUAAAACCUUCACGGGACUGCGUCUCUUUGGCAGGAGCUUCCUCAGAGCAUGUGCUAAAGCUUGGCUCCUUCACCUGCUUUACCUCAUUGCCAUGGAUACCUUUUUCCGCCGGCACUUUAAGAGGAAGGAGGAGGGUGGGCCAGACUGCUGCAGGCCUCGCCGGGCCAGUGUGGCAGUGCCCACCAGCAAGGUGCGCCGCCGUUCCAGUGCGGGGCUCCCAUCUGCCGGGCUGAUGCAGCGCCGUCGCUCGAGCCUGCAGAACCAGGCCAUGGCUGCCAUCUCUGAUACCCAUAACCCCAGGGGCCGCCACUUGGCCAAGACUCGCUAUGCACGAAGGCGCUCAAGCACAACCACACCCAGGCUGAACCCUCGCUUUGCUGUGCGGCGCAGGCAGGAUGCCAGGCCACGCACCAUCGAUGCCCACCUCCUCGGACCUUCCAUGCUGCUGGCCAGCCUCAUCCAGAUGACUGAAGAGGAAGACGCCACAGUGGGCAGGGCUCAGCGGCCACAGGAGGACCACGAGACCCUUAAAUGUAGCCCCCCUCCAUCUGACUCAGAAGUGGACAAUGACAGCUGCGGCAGCUACGACAGCCUGUCUGGGGAGAGCACGAGUGAGCACUCUGAGCUUGAGGGCGCCACCCGGUGUUGGGAGAAGGAGGUGUCCCAGGCAGUGGCAGUGGAAAGCCUGCAGCCGCGGCCGCUGAUCCGUGCCCCCCGCUGCCUGCGUCGGAAUUCAUCACACCUCCUGCCAGCUGAUGCCAUCUGUUAUCAGAAGAGCUACGAUGGGCUGUACGGUCGCUACUAUUGUUCCAGUCAACGCCGCCUGUCCACCUUCUCCCAGUCUGGGGGCACCUGGUCCGGCAAGGCUGCGGCUCUGGCCAGCAGGAGGAGCUCUCGGGUGGGCAGGCGUCCCUCGCUCUACCGGAACUGCUCAGCGUGCUGGAAGUUGCCUGCCCGCCGCAGGUCCCUCAGCCCCCUGCAGGGGGCGUACUAUGACCCCCAGCUGGAGACAUGGAGUGUGUUCCUCGCAAAAGCCAUCGCCAAGGCAGGCCUUCAGCAUCUAAAUGCCCAGCCCUGCGCUUCCACUGUGCUGAGAGGCGACCGUGAGCACGAGAUACGCAGCACCGUGGACUGGAGUGAAAAUGCUGUUUACGGAGAGCACAUCUGGUUUGAGACCAAUGUCUCUGGGGACUUCUGCUAUGUUGGAGAGCAGCACUGCAUCGCUCGAACGAUGCAAAAGUCAGUACCUCGGAAGAAAUGCGCUGCUUGCAAGAUAGUGGUACACACGAUUUGCAUCGAGCAGCUGGAGAAGAUAAAUUUCAGGUGUAAACCGUCAUUUAGAGAAUCGGGAUCAAGAAAUAUACGGGAGCCCACUGUUGUCCGGCACCACUGGGUCCACAGGAGGCGUCAGGAGGGCAAGUGUAAACAAUGUGGAAAGGGCUUCCAGCAGAAAUUUGCUUUCCACAGUAAAGAAAUUGUGGCCAUCAGCUGUUCGUGGUGCAAACAGGCAUAUCACAACAAGGUCACAUGCUUCAUGCUGCAGCAGAUAGAGGAGACAUGCUCUCUGGGGGCUCAUGCCGCUGUCAUCGUGCCCCCCACCUGGAUAAUUCAUGUCCGCAGGCCUCAGAGCUCACUAAAGUCAAGCAAGAAGAAGAAACGGACCUCAUUCAAGCGCAAGUCCAGCAAGAAGGGUGCAGAGGAGACGCGGUGGAAGCCUUUCAUCGUGAGGCCUAUCCCUUCGCAGCUUAUGAAACCUUUGCUUGUGUUUGUCAACCCAAAGAGUGGAGGAAAUCAGGGAGCUAAAAUAAUUCAGUCCUUCAUGUGGUAUCUCAACCCCCGGCAAGUUUUUGACCUGAGCCAGGGAGGACCUAAAGAUGGCCUGGAGCUAUAUCGUCGGGUGCACAACCUGCGCAUCCUGGCCUGCGGGGGCGACGGAACGGUUGGGUGGAUCUUAUCCACGCUGGAUCAGCUUCAGUUGAAUCCCCAGCCAGCUGUUGCAGUGCUGCCCUUAGGGACCGGUAAUGACCUGGCCAGGACGCUCAACUGGGGCGGUGGGUACACUGAUGAGCCUGUGUCUAAAAUCCUGUCGCAUGUGGAGGAUGGGAACAUUGUCCAGCUGGAUCGAUGGAACCUCAUCGUGGAGCCCAACCUGGAAGCCAGCCAGGAGGAGAAGGAUGAGCAGCAGACAGACAAGCUUCCGCUUGAUGUCUUCAAUAACUACUUCAGCCUUGGUUUUGAUGCACACGUCACCCUGGAGUUCCAUGAGUCGAGAGAGGCCAACCCAGAGAAAUUCAACAGCCGAUUUCGGAACAAGAUGUUCUAUGCAGGGACGGCCUUCUCGGAUUUCUUAAUGGGCAGCUCUAAAGACCUGGCGAAACACAUCAAAGUUGUGUGCGACGGCACGGAUCUGACCUCCAAGGUCCAAGAGCUGAAACUGCAGUGCCUCUUGUUUCUCAACAUUCCCAGGUACUGCGCAGGCACCAUGCCGUGGGGGAACCCCAGCGAGCACCAUGACUUUGAGCCUCAGAGGCACGACGACGGCUGCAUUGAAGUCAUCGGAUUCACCAUGACCUCUCUGGCGACGCUUCAGGUGGGGGGGCACGGUGAGCGCCUGAACCAGUGCCGGGAGGUGACCCUCACCACCUACAAGCCGAUCCCCAUGCAGGUGGACGGGGAGCCCUGCAAACUGGCCCCCUCCAUCAUCCACAUCUCACUGAGGAACCAGGCUAACAUGGUGCAGAAAACCAAAAGGAGGACCUCCAUUCCCCUACUCAAUGAUCAGCAGCCCAUUCCGGAGAGGCUCCGCAUCCGUGUCAAUCGCAUCAGCAUGCACGACUAUGAGGCCCUGCAUUACGACAAGGAGAAGCUGAAAGAAGCCUCAAUCCCCCUGGGGCUGAUUGUCAUCCCUGGGGACAGUGACCUGGAAACAUGCCGCUUGCACAUCGAGAGGCUGCAGGAGGAAGGAGAUGGUACAAAACUGAAGACCCUGUCCUCGCAGAAACUCUCACCAAAGUGGUGUUUCUUAGACUCUACAACUGCUGAUCGAUUUUAUAGAAUAGAUCGUGCUCAGGAACACCUGAACUACGUCACAGAGAUCUCACAGGAUGAACUCUUCAUCCUCGACCCGGAGCUGGUCAUCACCGAGACAGUGGGCACCUCCCCAGGCAUGCCCGAUCUCGUCGACUCCUCGGCAGAGUACCCAGGCCCAACGCGCCAGUUUGCCUUUCCGUCAUCCUCUUCUCCGCCUGCCUCCCCUCUCCCCAUGAUCCUUGAACUGCAGAAGGCCACACAGCGGAAGCGCAUCUCCAGCGACAGCGCAGUGGCAGAGGCUCCAACGCAUGGCGACCCACCACGAUCGCCCGUGUCGUCACCCUGCAGGUCUGAGGGGACUGCCAUAUGUAACACGGAUAAAGUAUCAGCUGAAAUACUCUUUGAGUGUGUGAAGAGCAAAGACCACCGAAUGCUGAAGGAGCUUCACAAGCUGGGGGCUGACCUGUCUGUGCAGGACUCAUCUGGCUGCACGUUAUUGCACCAUGCAGCCACUGCCGGCAGCAAGGAGAUUGUCAAGUACAUCAUAGACAAUGCAUCCAGUGAUAUUUUGGAUGUAACCGAAAAAGAGAGCGGAGAGACAGUCCUGCAUAAAGCAGCCGCGAUGCGCCAGAGGACCAUUUGCCAUUACUUGGUGGAAGCUGGGGCGUCCCUAAUGAAGACUGACCUGCAGGGUGACACCCCUAAACACCGUGCAGAAAAAGCCAAGGACCCUGAGCUGGCAGCCUACCUGGAGAACCGGCAGCAUUACCAGAUGAUCCAGCGGGAGGACCAGGAAACGGCUGUGUGACCCAGCACAGCUUCCCUGCUCAUGCCAAAUGCUCAGCUUACCUGGGUAGGAAAGAGUGGAAAGAGUGAGGAGGCCAGUCAGGGCAGCCCAUCCUGCUUCCUGCACGCUGGCAGCUGGAGAGAGAACAAUGAGUUCUUUUGAAGUUUCCUACAUUGCACUGCCAAAAAGACUAUUGUUGUUGUGUUGUACAAGAAUGCACAAAAGAGCUACUUUCCGUUUCUGUUGUGUUGUUGCUUUUUUCGCCACAGCAUCAGGUCCAAAGAGACUUUGUUUCAUAGGAGGACAGAGGGAGUUUUGCACAAACGAGGAACAGAAUGUUUGAAGCUUGAAUGUGUUGCCGAUCUUACUGUUCUCCUGCAAUAUCUCCUUUGCAAUAUCAAAUCUGUCAUCACAGACUGUCUGGUGAUAAUAACUAAUUAUGCUCGAAGGUGACCAGUCUGUUAGCAUUAGAUUUUUGACUCAUAAGAGAGUUGCUUAGAUGUGUUUUAUAUGACUGCUGUAAUUUCAUUUUAAAUGUUUUGACUGGUUUUUUUUUUUAACCAAACCUCAAUUUGUUGGUUUAACCUCCAUCUGAAGUUGACAUUUUACAUUUAAAGCCUCAUAUUUCUCUGUAUGAUUACAUUAUAUUAGGAACCAGUAUUGUUCAAUGGCAAGGACUGAGGAGUAUUAUCAUUGCAGUAGUUGUGUAGGUUUACAGGAGAAGGUUGGGUACUGUAUGCUUAUUUCAGAAGCUAUCUGUCAAAGCAUUUUUUUUUCCAUCUUAUUGCUUUGAUGCCAAUAUUUUCAGCUGAUUAUCUGAACUUCCACUUAGUGCUGGUUAAUGGUAUACUUGUUAUUACAUUUUAAAAUACACAGAUAUUUAUAUAAGGCAUUGAUGUACAAAAAUACUAUUUUGCGUCUUGUUAUGUUUAUAUUAUAAAAAUGUAAAUUUUAUAUAUAUAAAUAUUUUUCAGAAAUUGCUAGCUGUUCUCCCAUGUUACAUAUAACUAUUAUUGUGAAACAUUCUUACGUUAACUUUGCAGAUCCUUUUGCAGUUCUUACUAGAGAAGCGACUAGGAAGAUUUAAGCUGUGUUAGGCUGUAACCAACUUCCACAAUUUUCUCCCAGUCUAAAUGGAUACCAUUCAGGUCUAGGUGAUGAAUUCCAAAGGAAGCUGAAUGAAAAAUUGACUCUGACAAAAAAUGUGUAGAGGCUAUUUAUUUUCUAGACUAUUUUUGGCUGUGUAUAGAACUGAUUGACAGUUAAAAUAAGGAACUGUUUAGUUUAAGAUUAUGAAGGCUGUUGAAAUGGCCAUAACAUCAUAUUAUUAUUAUGUUUUUCAGAGUAAAUUGAAAAGGCCUUUUUGCACGCAGAAAGCCUCCCUUUUGCUGUGCACCUGAAUGCCAUGCGUCUAGAUCCACUGUGACAGCUGGUGGCUGCUUUUCUAAUAAUAAUUUGCCUGAAAUGUUCACAGGGUAAAUAUACCUACAAUACGUGAAUGGCUGACAAAUGUCUACCUUCUUCCUUUUACGCCCAAUGUGUCAAGACACCAUGUAGGUCAUAGUGUUUCAAGCAUUGCUAAUUAACUGCUAAUUUUUGGAUCUGGCCGUCUUUACGCUUGUACAGGGGGAGACAAUAGUCAGUCAUCCAUUUUAAGCUACUGCUUUUUUAUACAAAAUAAAAACAUAUGACUAGCUUUUUCAGGUGGAGAAACUGACGUGGAUGAGGUCUUGUCACACAUGUGGUCCUAGUUUCUUUUUAAUUCUAAAUGUUCUUUGUAUGUUAAUAAAACCUUAAAUGUUUUUUUCUUUCUUAAACCUUAUACAAGAGCUUUUAUAUGUUGUACAGUGUUUCAGGUUCUCACACUAAGAAUACGCCUUAGAUUGCUGGUUGACUAUGUAAUAUUUCUGGACUGAAGUUAGCUUGUUAAAAUUGCUUAAUAGAAUUAGGUUUACACAGGUGUCAUGAUAUGAAGCAAUUCUGACUUCUUCCUAGAUGUCUCCCCGAAAUCUAUUAGGGAUUACGCAGUAGGAAAGUGUCAACUGUCAAAUCUGUCAACUUUGCUUUUCUGGCAUAUCUUCACAUAUCUAUUUUUUUCCUGCAUGCUGAAAUGUGCCCUUCUGAGACACUAUUCAGAGGUGAUUUAGAGAUUUGCUGCCAUUUCAGAUCCUUCCAGUAGAUAAAACUGGUUAGAAGUUAGUUUUGUGUGUCACGGAGAGGAUGGACAAAGAAACGAUAUCUAGUCAAAAAUAUUUGAAAGACUAGUUUUUAAGAUAACUCAUCCUGUAAAGCUGGUGAAAUUUUUAGUUAAUAUUAAGUCUAUAUUUUUGUCUAAAAUACCAAGAAAUUUGUUUGGCCUUUUUGAAUAUCUUGAUAAGCAUUUGGACCACUACCUUGGCAAAAUUAGUAUCCAUAUUUCCAUUCUCUCCUGAAUUCAGUAGGAAAUAAUUUAAAUAUGAUCUAUGGGCAGGGAUGGACAUAACUGGUACGCAAGUACGCAUUCACCAUUAAAAACGAUAUGUACAACAAUCGAUUUUUUGUAAAAGCGUAAAUGCAAAUAAAAUAAGUACGCAAUUGCGCUUUUACAAACAUGACAAGAAAUGUAUUCUGGAGUAUAACUUUCUGCGUGCAAAAAAAAGAAAGAAAAUACCUUGCAUUUUAACCUGUAUACCGCAAAUGAAGUAGAGCUAGCAUUUAAAGAUUAAAAUGCAUCAUAUUUUGUUUUCAUAUCAGCAUAAAUAUACAUAAAAGAAGUACAAAUUUACACUGUUACCGUAAUCGAUUGUCGCACAUAUCGUUUUUAAAGGUGAAUGCGUACUUGCGUACCAGUUAUGUCUAUCCCUGUUUAUGGGUCAUGAUAUUGCAUGUUUUGACUGGCAGAUAAUAUUGUCAUAUUCAACCAAAUGUACAUUCUGGAUCUCAGAAGCAGUUUAUUUGCUAUUGUACCACUUAGCUACAACUGGACCAAUAUAAGAAUGAAUCCAGACAUGAUCAUAUUUCUGAUGUGUCCUCUUUGUCCCAGCAUAUACGUGUCUGUUGCCUUCCAGAAUCACUUGAGUGAGUAAAUGAUGGACUCAGAAGUGCCAUUAAAAGAUGCAGUACUCUUAGAUGGCUAUAGGGCUAUUAUAGUAAUGGUACAUCAAUUUGUUACAGUUCUUUCCAACCCAGCUGACUAUGGUCCCUAGACGGAGACCUUGGAAACACAGGCCAACCCUGCAUCUUCUACGAGGAACUCAAAGUAUUUAACGGAGUACCAUAACGCUUAAUUAUUCACUAUACACUCAGGAGUUCUAGCUUUGUUGUAUCUUAUGCCUUGAAUUCAUCCAGUUUUAUAAAAAUGAAAAUAGCAUGGAAUUUAUAAAUAUUCAUUCACUUAAUUAAGGUUCAAUAAGACAUUAUUAUUAUUAUUAUUAUUAUUAUUAUUAUUACACGCAUACGUUUGCAAGGUUCAUUCCAUGCACUUUACAGUACGAUGCUGUUCUGAUUGGCCAUCUUUUUGUAUUUACUGCAGAAAUGUAAGUUUUAUAUAAUGUAUAUUCUGUGGAGACUGUUCUGCCUUUGAUUUUUAAGCUAUUUUUAGUUCCUGUAUCAACAAUAUUCUUUUUUUCAAUAUUUACCUGGGUUUGGAUAAAGUUAUACCCCAGUGUACAUAGUCCAGGGAUCAGCUUGUUUUAGCACACAUAAUUUAGCCCAGGGAUCCUACUAACUGAUAUAUUGAGUGUUAUAGGUUAAGAUCCUGGUAACUAGUACCUUGAUGGUCAUAAAAAUCAUCAUCAUGUUACUGAAAGGGACCAUGAAAGACUGGCAUAUUUUCAUGAAAAACAUGGACCCACUUUGGGUGUAGAUAUUAUCAGCUCAGUACACUCAGCUGGGACUGAAGCUACCGCCAAAAAAAACACAAAAAAAACAUUUUGUGAAAAUAAUAUGAAAAGAAAAUAUGCCUUGAGUUACAGACUAGAGUAUUUGGCUAUUUUUUGUUUUGUUCUGUUAAGUUAUGAACAAUGCUGUCAUUUGUCACAUUUUAUGAUUAUGUCCAUAUACAGUAAUGUGUUAAUUACCAGAAAUAUCAAUUUACUUCUUUAGGUGGCAUAGAAAGAUAGACACAUUUCUCAAAGCAUCCAAAGAUUAUUUCUUUAAAUGAUAUACCCGGUUUGCAAUAAAAAAAGAAAAACAAAAUGAAAGUUUUAUGUAUGCUGUUGCUGGCUGUAAUUAGUGUCUCUACUGAACCACAUACUGCACUACACUGAAGUAUUUAUUAAUUAAAAGAAAACUUAGACGUCAGUGCAGCCUUACUGCAGAGGUACAGAUUUUCAGCAAAACAUUUAAAAUAUUCAACAGCUUUGCUCCAUUUCACAAGAUGUGCUUGAUAUGACUACAGCAAGACAGCAAGCAGGUGUGUUUUUGUGCUUCUUCAUAUGUUUAUUCAUUUAAUGAAUGUGUUAGGCAAACUGUUUACUGCCUUAGUUUAUAAAUUGGUGACGUAUGUUUUCUGAGCUUCAUUUGAGUUGCAGUGCAAUUCAAGGUUAAAAUACAGCAUAUAUCUACAGAGCAAGAUUUGUUAACUAUAGUGCAUUAUACAGAAACUUUAAUAUUAAAGAUUUAAUUUUGUACUUACAGUCAACAAGAAAGAACAAACAAGUGUGAAUUGUAAACUAUAGACUUGUAUGUUUGUUAUGUGGGUUGAUUUUAAUGUCUGCUUGAAAACAAUAAACCUUUUAAAGAAG